CUCACACACAACCCAUUGUCUUUCCACAAUGGGAUCUGAUGAAAUUGGCUCACCGCAACCACCGUCUUCCUCCGUCGUUGGACACGUGUCCAAUGUUUCCGAGCCCGCUACCGUCGCCUCCGCCCCGACCGAGGUGAACUCCUCCCCUGCUGUUCCUGAAACGGUGUCGUGCAGGAGGGAGAGGAGGAGAGGAACGUCCAAAAAGCACAAUAAAUCAGGCAAAGCCGCCGGCGGUAAGCGGGUUUAUCCUUCGGCGCCGAUUUCUUCCCUAAAGAAAAAGAAGAAGAAAUAUCAGUUAUCAUCGUCUAUUGGAGAUGAUGAAGGAAAGAUGACAACAAUACGGGACAAGGACAUGAAGAAGAUGGAGGAAGUAGGAGGAGACGAUGAUGAUGUGCAGGGUUGCAUACCAGAUGCAAAGCUCAAGGCCCGGGAAGCUGCAAUUCAGAAGAAGUUGAGAGAGUUUCUUGAACGUACUGCGAACUAUGAUUUUUGCUACAAUUUAGGCCCUAUUAAGCUCGUACCUUUGUCCUAAAUAAUUGGAGGUAUUAUUAACUCUAGAUCUGCUUGUUUUCGGUUAUGAAAGCAGCGUUAGUUUUCUUGAGAUGUAUACGAACAGUAGCUAUAAUCUAAUUGGCAAUGAUGUGAGUUCGGUGCCAGUGUUUGAUGUUCAGUAUAUGUUAAGAUUGUUAAAUCUUGUUAAUGAAAGCACUUGAAUAGUUAGUUUGAGUUCUGAUUUUGGAGUGAUUAGACUUGGUCUCCGAAUGAUGAUCUGAAUGUUAGUUGUAUGAGCCUUGAAUCGACAUUUUAAUGUUGAUGUAGUUGUGGUGGGAACUAGCUAGGGUGGUUAGUUUCAGGGACGGAGGAAUCUCUUUUGACAGUCCAAGAAACUUCACGAGUCUUGGAGUAUGGUUUGGGAUUAAGGAACAUCUCUUAGAUCGUCGAUGGAAGCCUAGUGAAGGCGACGACUUCGAGUCAUCUUAGGAGUCGGUUUUGUGCCAAAACCUAGAAGAUGUUGCAUAUAGAAGCUGACUCUGGUGUCAGCGGCGAAGAGUAUAAAUAAUGAAGCUUGGGUUGACCGCAAUGCACAACCCUAGUAUACAACCUAAGCUUCAAGCUUCAAGCCUCUACCCUUUUUACUUAUAUGCCCUUAUAUGCCCUUUUUACUUUUCUUUUUGUCGCACUUAUGCUCUAACUUCCUUCACAGUUUCCUUGUUUCUUUUAAGUCUCUUCAACCACUUUACUUUGAUUUAAUCAUUGUAUUUCGCUCUUAGAUGUCCUUUUAAUCAUAUCUAAGAUUGGCUGUUCGGCUGUUUUUGAUUAUCUUAUCCCCUC